ACGUGCAGUAUUAAGCGCCGCUAACUUUGGCGGUCAUUUUCUAGUCACUGAAUGUAAACAAACAAAUGUUCUUGUGAAUUUCAAUAAGUGUUUUAUAUAUGUUUUAAAUAGUAAUCACGCAAAUAAAUAUGAUAUUAUGAAUGUUGGUAACCAAAAGGUUUUAAUAAUAAAAAGAAAACAGAUCUCAGAGCCAGUAGUACAAAUAAUUCCAUAGAAGCAUAUUACCAAAUAAUACUCGACGCACAUAUUGCUACAGGUCAUGGACGACGAGACAAAAUUAUUCACGCCUUGAGAAAUAAAUAUGUGGUACCAAUAUUUGCGAUAACAAUAUUUUUUAACCUGUGUAAGACAUGUCUUUCAAAGAAAAGCUUUCCUAAAACAGGGAUUGUCGUAAAGCCGUUGAUUUCUGACGACUUUAAUCUAAGAGGUCAUAUAGAUCUGGUGGACUUUUAAAUAUUUCCAGAUGGAGAGUACAAAUGGUUACUGCAGUAUCAGGAUCACUUGACAAAAUUUUGCUUUUUGCAACCAUUGUGACAGUCAAGAUUCUUGAGAUAUUUUUAGAAGUUGGCUAUCCACAUAUUCUUCAAAGUGAUAAUGGACGUGCUUUUGGAAUUAUGAUAGGAUACAAAUUUAGAAUGAGUACUUUCCUAUAUGGUAUUCCUUAUUGGUAUAUCUUUCUUUUGGAUAAAUCAUAUUGGAAUAAUCACAGUUACCUUUUUGGAAUUAUCGUUAUAUUAUUGAUGGGAUCAUCGGCUAAUGUAUUUUUUUCUUUAGAUAGUUACCUGAAUAAGUCGGUUAAGAAUAAACAAGUUCCAUACUGGAAUUAUUUCAUACUUAAAUUUCAGUUUUUUUUACUUUAUUUUUUGGCCGGUUUGAAGAAAACUGAUAUGGAAUGGCUCGAAGGUUAUUCUAUGGGUCAUAUAGGAGAACAUUGGGUUUUUUCACCAUUAAGGUAUUUCAUAGAUACAGAAAAAAUCGAUUACUUUAUUGUUCAUUGGUGCGGAUUUAUAUUGGAUAUUACAAUAGGAUUUUGGUUGCUAAUCGACUUGACGCGACCGAUUGCGAUGGUAUUUUGUGCGACUUUUCACCUGAUGAAUUCCCGAUUAUUCAGUAUAGGUAUGUUUCCGUACGUUUGUAUAGCAACUAUGCCUCUAUUUUGUGAAGAAAACUGGCCCAAGAAAAUUUUGUCAUUGUUAAUAAAAACAAAUAAAAAACCUCGAAAUACGAACGACUUUAAAGAAAAUAAAAUCAAAACGGAGUUACAUAUCAAAUGGCGACAUAAACUAGUAGUAGGACUCUUAUUAACCCAUUGUACACUGCAGGUUUUUUUACCAUACUCUCAUUUCAUUACUAAAGGAUAUAAUAACUGGACUAACGGCAUUUACGGUUAUUCGUGGGAUAUGAUGAUCCAUUCGUGGAAUACGGUUCUCGUCGUCGUGAAAGUAAUAGAUAACGAAGGAGGCCAAGAGAUAUUUGUAAAGCCUAACGCUUUCACUAAGAACGAUAGAUGGAGCAAACACGCCGAUAUGUGUGUGCAAUAUGCACAUUGUCUCAAAAACAAUUUGUUGUCUCUACAAAACAAUAUGCCAACAAAUAAAUCAACUCCAAUAUUAUCUUCGAACAUUUCUAUUUAUAUAGACGUUUGGUGUUCCUUAAAUAAUAGAUUCAAACAGAGGAUGUACCACCCAACGUACGAUUUACUUAAAUCAAAUUGGUCGCCAUUUCAACCUGUAGAAUGGUUACUUCCACUAUUGACAGAAUACAACAAUUUUAGAAAACAAAUGAACGAAAUUAGCAAACAAGUGUUUUCUUGGUCUAAUAAUAGUGAUCUUUUGUUUAUAGCCGAUUUUCCGGGUUUCCACCUGGAAAAUUACAUAGGAGACGAAUUGGAUAACGUUACUUUAACCGUUCUCGAAGGUGAAGUAGCCUACGAAAUUGAAGAUCAAAAUAAUGAACAGUCGUUAGGAUUGACCCUAAAAAAGAACGAAAGUAUAAUUGUCGAAGUAGAAUCUUUUCACCGAGUCCAUACAAUUAGUAACACGCCAUCUUGUUACAUGUACACUUUUCAAAGAAAAGAAAAUAGUUUGGAAUACGACGAUAAUCGGCAACAAAGUUUUUUUUAUUCUCCUUUUCCUCUAAUUGAAGAUGUACCGGAAAGAAUCAGCACAUUCUUGAGGAUGUGGAAACUCAUCGGAUAUUCUUUUCGGAAUGUUCUAAUUGGUAAAACGAACGAUUUCAAUUUUUCGGAAAUAUAAUUAUCCAAAGGGAUUUCAAGAUGCUAGGUGUUUUGCAGAAGGUAAACGUUUUGUUUGUAUAACAAAUAAAACAAUCUGCUGCUCUUGAACUGCUUACAAUCUGAUUGUGAAUUUCUUGAAGAAAGUCAAUAAAAAUGAAGUCUGCUUAUAAUAGAGUCGAUUCAUUAUUGGAAUUAUUAUUGUAAUCAUAUAAAAAUAAUUAUCAAAAUUCCAGUUUAACAAGGUUAAAUAAAUAUCGAAUAACAUUCAUCAUCACAAUAUAUUUUAUUAGAAAAUAGUAUUUACAAUAAACUAAGUAAAAGAUAACAUUAUAUACAAUACUAUUUCAGAGUGUAACAUUUAGGUUGGUAGGAAAAUAUUUAUUAAAAAAAUAAAAUCAAGUCUA